AGACAUCUCUUCCGAACGAACAGCCUGUGUAAACCGCAAGUAUGAAGGUCUGCAUGAUAGAGUUGGGGCUCUGCCUGGUGGCGAUGACGGUGGCGGUGGCAGCAGCGAGCCGUGAUACAAGUGGCAGCGGAGAAGGUGACAUGACUCCAAUGUGGCAUCGUGAACAAUCGGCCCGUACUCAUGGCGCCAUCGACCAAAGUGGCAACGCCAUCGAUCACAAGCAUGGACACGGCAUCGAUCAUAAGCAUGGACACGGCAUCGAUCACAACGCCGACGACAAGGCCAUCGAUGAUAACGCUGACACGUUGGCCAUCGAUCACAGAGCUGAUGACAAGGCCACAAACAUGCUCCACUCGGUCGCCAUCGAGUCGCCGCCGUCGCUCUUCUCCUUUGCUGCCCAUCGCAUGUCAGAGGCAGAGGCUGCUGCAGGCUGGCUACCGUCGACGUUUGACGCCGUUCUUGGCCCACGGCUGGGUAGCGACCUCGACAUCGUGCCCGGCACUGCGCUCGAGCUGCUGCCGGCGCAGCUGGCACCCGGGGCAACGGCUCCGGUUGUGGGGGUGGUCGAGGCAGCUGUCCGCGGCAAGGACGGGAGUUUGCAAGCUCGCGGCGUGCUUCGCGGCGAGCGCGGCUCGUUCACCAUCCACAUCUCGCACGAGGCUGUGCUUGGGGACAUUGUCCGGCUUGAUGCUGGGCACGCCUUUCGGUGGGCGGCGUCUGGGAGCGAGGCAGCGGCGCACUUUGACGGCGACUACACCCAACAGACCGCGCGCCCGCUCAGUGUCCAGCGGGUGAGUCUCAACGACCACAUCUGCACCCCUUUCCCGCUGCCCGACGGCGAGCGCAAAGCCGGGGCGAUCGGACGACUGCCUGGCGGGCGCGACAGCGCACUCUCUGUUCGGGCGCCGUCUGUCCCGAUCUACAACUCCAAGCCGGACUCGGCUUUUGUCAUCUACCUGGACUUUGACGGGCACACCACGUCGGCGACGUCAUCGUGGGGCGCGGUGAACGCAGAGCCGUACGACAUCGACGGUGACGUGACCACGUUCUCGGCCGCGGAGCGCGACCGCAUCCGCAUCAUCUACGAGCUCAUUGCCGAAGACUAUCGUCCCUUUGACAUCACGGUCACCACCGAUGUGUCCGUGUACAACGGCGUGCUCGAGACCAGGCGGACGCGGUGCGUCUUUACCAUCACCGACUCGUCGUCCCACGCCGGCGGCGUGGCCUACGUGGGCGUCUUCUCGUACCCGACCAACACCUUCCAGCCAGCAUGGGUCUUCACCAACCGGCUCGGCGGCGGCAACGCCAAGUUUUGCGGCGAGGCCGGCUCUCACGAGAUCGGCCACAACAUGGGACUCUCGCACGAUGGCACCUCGUCCGAUGCUUACUACUCCGGCCACGCCGGAUGGGCGCCGAUCAUGGGCGUCGGCUACUACCAAGACCUGGUCCAGUGGUCGCAGGGCGAGUACGCCGGCGCCAACGAGGGUCAGGACGACCUGUCGAUCAUCGGCUCGGCCUCCAACGGCUUUGGCUUCCGCUCCGACGACCACGCCGACAUACAGCUGACCGCCACGGAGCUGGAUGCGUCGGCAACGCCGGCAGGCACUGGCGUCAUCUCCAAGCGCGGCGACAUCGACUGGUUCUCCAUCUCCAUUGGCUCGGCCGGGCCCAUGACCUUUGCCAUCGACCCGGCUGUCACCUCGCCAAACCUCGACAUCCGCGCGGCGCUGUUUGUGGGAGGCGCGCAGGUGGCGGUGUCGGAGCCGUCUGACUCGCUCUCGGCGCGGCUGACCCACGUCGGCACGGCGUCCACCACGUAUCACCUCUCGGUGGAGGGCGUGGGCAAGGGCUCGCCGACGGCAUCCGGCUACUCGGACUACGCCUCGCUCGGCGAGUACUCGAUCGCGUACACCGGCCCGCCUCCGACAACAGGCCCGUCGUGCGGCAACUCGGUGGUCGAGGUCGGCGAGCAGUGCGAUCCACCGGGCGGGUGCUGCUCGUCGACGUGCUCGUACAAGCCCAUCACCUCGCCAUGCUCAACAGGCCGCACGUGCGACGACCCAGACUCGUGCAACGCCGUCGGCGAGUGUGUCGGCGCCAACGCCGGCUCGUGCACUCCGGUCUGUGGCGACGGUUUUCGCGAGGGCAGCGAGGAGUGCGACGACGGCAACACCAGCGAUGGUGACUGCUGCUCGUCGACGUGUACCCGCGACGCUGCCGGCACAUCAUGCGCGACUGAGACAUGCAACGGCGAGUGUUCGGCGCUUGGCGAGUGCCAGACCCAGGAGUUCUGCUGCAAGACCGAUGCGCAGUGCGACGACGGCAACUCGUGCACCAUCGACAGCUGCGGGUCGGACACGAUCUGCCACAACGACCCAGCCGCCGCCGGUGCCGCCUGCGACGACGGCCUGCCGUGCACCGGCAACGACGUGUGCGACGGCGCGGGCGUGUGCGCAGGCUCCAACGAGUGCUCGCCUUCAUGCGAUGCGCGCGCCGAGUGCUGCCAGUCAACCUGCCAGUGCGAGUUUGGCUGGCACACCUCUGAGUCGUGCUCGGUCGGCCCGGCCGUGCUUGUCGAAAACGUUUCGGUCCGCGGCUCGCUAUCCGAUAACCUCGACGGUCUUGCCUACCGCCACAACCUGGCAGCCGGUGCCUCCAUCACCAUCCGUGUCCUCAGCUACUCGCCGGGCCAAGUCUAUGUCUACGGCGCCUUUGGCGACGUCCCCGAGCGUCCGCGUGGCCUGGUCGCUCAUGAGUACUCAUCCGAGAACAUGACUCUCUCCCGCCACGCCUUUACCGCCGCCGCUCCGCGCUCAGGCGACCUCUUCAUCUCGGUCUUCCGUGCGCCCAACGUGACCACGACCUCAUUCGAGAUCGUCGCUUACCCCAACGGUUCCGAGCCACCGGCGCUCGGCAUCGGCAAGUCCUCAGCAUCAGCCACUCCGUCAUCGGCCGUCAUCAUCGGCGUCGCCGCCGCCGGCAUCCUCCUCGUCAUUGCCGCCAUCGUUACCACCAUCGUCUACUGUAACCGCUCUACUCCCGUCGGCGCAUCCACCUCGGACGUUCCCAUGCCGUCGUACAAGUAGCCGUUCACGAUACCAUCGUUCGGGUGCGUGGUCACCAGCCUCAAACAGUGAACAACAACUCCUUCCCCC